CUCCGGUAGUUCUACAAAACUGUCCUUCCUCUUCCUGCAUUUGCCCAGUCAAGGGUAUCUUUGCCUGAGGUGGGAGUGAUGCUGUUAGUCCUGUGAUAUGAUUGCAUAGCAACACAGAGCGGUUCCGAGAGGGGAGGAGGAGCAGGAGAAGGAGGGCAGGGAGGUGGGAGAGACAGAGGGAGAGUGUGCAUACAGCAGCUGUCAGCAUCCCUGUCUCAGGGACUUCUUUGCUGAUUCACACAGGCAACCCAGCCCUGGCCGCCCAGCUCCCGGUUGUCGCCUGCUCCUCAGACCUGCUGGAAUCAGAAGGUGCUUAUGCUCAGCGGUUGGUGCACUGCCUAUCCUCACUGCCCCCCCAUGAGCCUCAGUUCUGAUGCAACCUAUGGUCAUGCAGGGAUGCCCUUAUACCCUCCCACGAUGUCAUGAGUGGCGGGCAGCUGACCACUUCCAUCACAGCAGCAGCCUCCGAAGCACCUGCCCCCAGCCUCAGGUUAGAGCUGCUGCCAGCACCCCUGCGCCUCCUCAUGAUGGUGCUGGGGUGCCCUACCUAAGCCCAAAGCUAUUCAACGGGUCUGUUGGUGCUGCUGGACCCCUGGAACCACCAGCCAUGAAUCUGUGUUGGAAUGAAAUCAAAAAGAAGUCGCACAACCUCCGCGCCCGCCUAGAGGCCUUCUCAGAUCACAGUGGAAAGCUUCAGCUCCCUCUCCAAGAGAUUAUUGACUGGCUCAGCCAAAAGGAUGAGGAAUUGUCAGCUCAGCUGCCCCUACAAGGGGAUGUGGCCCUGGUGCAACAGGAGAAGGAGACGCACGCGGCCUUUAUGGAAGAUGUCAAGUCUCGGGGCCCCUAUAUCUACUCUGUGUUGGAGUCAGCUCAGGCCUUCCUGUCCCAGCACCCAUUUGAUGAAUUAGAGGAGCCUCGCUCUGAGAGCAAAGAUACCUCUCCCAGACAGCGGAUCCAGAAUCUUAGCCGCUUUGUGUGGAAGCAGGCAACGGUGGCCAGUGAACUAUGGGAGAAGCUGACAGCCCGCUGUGUGGACCAGCACCGCCACAUUGAGCGCACUCUGGAGCAGCUGUUGGAGAUCCAAGGGGCAAUGGAGGAAUUAAGCGCGACUCUGACUCAGGCUGAGGGAGUCCGAGCCACUUGGGAGCCCAUUGGGGAUCUCUUCAUUGAUUCACUUCCUGAGCACAUCCAGGCUCUUAAGCUAUUCAAAGAAGAAUUCUUCCCCAUGAAAGAUGGAGUGAAGUUGGUGAAUGAUCUGGCCCAUCAACUUGCCAUUUCUGAUGUGCACUUGUCAAUGGAGAACUCCCGGGCCCUGGAGCAGAUCAACAUCCGGUGGAAACAGCUACAGGUGUCAGUUGGUGAGAGACUUAAGCAGCUCCAGGAUGCCCACCGGGACUUUGGGCCUGGGUCACAGCACUUCCUCUCCUCCUCUGUUCAGGUUCCUUGGGAAAGAGCAAUUUCACCCAAUAAAGUUCCCUACUAUAUCAACCACCAGGCUCAGACCACAUGCUGGGACCAUCCCAAGAUGACUGAGUUAUACCAAACCCUAGCUGAUCUGAACAACAUUAAGUUCUCAGCUUACCGCACUGCCAUGAAGCUACGCAGAGUCCAGAAGGCACUGCGUCUGGACCUGGUAACUUUAACCACAGCCCUGGAGAUCUUCAAUGAGCAUGAUCUGCAGGCCAGUGAGCAUGUAAUGGAUGUGGUGGAGGUCAUUCACUGCCUGACUGCCUUAUAUGAACGACUGGAGGAGGAAAGAGGCAUCCUUGUCAACGUGCCACUCUGUGUGGACAUGAGCCUCAACUGGCUCCUCAAUGUUUUUGAUAGUGGUCGCAGUGGAAAGAUGCGGGCAUUGUCCUUUAAGACUGGCAUUGCAUGCCUGUGUGGCACAGAAGUGAAGGAAAAACUGCAGUACCUCUUCAGCCAAGUGGCCAACUCAGGCAGCCAGUGUGACCAACGCCACCUUGGUGUCCUGCUUCAUGAAGCCAUUCAGGUGCCCCGUCAGCUGGGGGAAGUGGCGGCCUUUGGGGGCAGCAACGUGGAGCCCAGCGUCCGUAGUUGCUUCCGUUUUAGCACUGGGAAGCCAGUCAUUGAAGUUGCACAGUUCCUGGAAUGGGUCAACUUGGAGCCCCAGUCCAUGGUGUGGCUGGCUGUUCUGCAUCGGGUCACCAUUGCUGAACAAGUGAAGCAUCAGACCAAGUGCUCUAUCUGUAGGCAGUGCCCCAUCAAAGGUUUCAGGUAUCGGAGUCUGAAACAAUUUAACGUGGACAUCUGCCAGACCUGCUUCCUGACAGGCAGGGCCAGCAAGGGCAACAAGCUUCAUUAUCCCAUCAUGGAGUAUUACACCCCGACCACAUCCAGUGAGAACAUGAGGGACUUUGCCACUACCUUAAAGAACAAAUUCCGCUCAAAGCAUUAUUUCAGCAAACACCCUCAGCGAGGUUAUCUGCCUGUGCAAUCAGUGCUGGAGGCUGACUACAGUGAGACGCCAGCUUCUUCCCCGAUGUUGCCACACGCUGACACACACUCCCGCAUUGAGCAUUUUGCCAGCAGGCUUGCUGAGAUGGAAAGUCAAAAUUGCUCCUUCUUUAAUGACAGCUUGUCCCCAGACGACAGCAUAGACGAGGACCAGUACUUGCUGCGUCACUCCAGCCCCAUUACAGACCGGGAGCCAGCCUUUGGACAGCAGGCUCCGUGCAGCAUGGCCACUGAAAGCAAAGGGGAGCUCGAAAAGAUCCUGGCCCACUUAGAGGAUGAGAACCGGAUUCUCCAGGGGGAGCUGAGGCGCCUGAAGUGGCAGCAUGAGGAGGCUGCUGAGGCACCCACCCUGGCUGAGGGCUCUGCCGAGGUGGCACAGGACCACUGCAAUGAGGAGCUGCUGGCUGAGGCCCGGAUCCUUCGGCAGCACAAGAGCCGCCUGGAGACACGCAUGCAGAUUCUUGAAGACCACAACAAGCAACUCGAGUCCCAGCUGCAGCGCUUAAGGGAGCUGCUCCUGCAACCACAUAGUGAAUCGAAUGGCAAUGGCUCUGCAGGCUCGUCCCUGGCUUCCUCUCCGCAGCAGUCAGAAGGCAGUCACCCCCAGGAGAAGGGACAGACUACUCCAGACACUCAAGCUGCAGAUGAUGUGGGGUCAAAGAGCCAAGAUGUCAGCCUGUGCUUGGAAGACAUUAUGGAGAAGCUCCGCCAUGCCUUCCCCAGUGUGCGAAGUUCUGAUGUGACUACCAACACUCUGCUGGCCUCCUGAUGGAACCAGAUCCCCAUCCUAUAGUCCACGGUCCUCUCCCAGUUCUGGUCAAAGCCUUCCCUCAGCCUUCACCUAACCUUUCCAGUCCCCACUGGCCCCACAUUCCUCAGCCGGAGUUAUCUGGGCUCCAGGCAGCAGCAGGGAUUCGAUGGUAUGCGAGGUGGGUGUGUGAGGGCCGGGGGAGGGAGAGGCAUGAUUCCUCUGACUCUAGAAAUGUGCCCUUUAAUCUUCAAGUUUGAGAUCAAUCCCUUAAGUACAAUUCUGUUGCAGCCCAGGCUAAUGGCACUUGGAGGCCAUUCAGAUGGGGAGCAGAGAAGCUGCCUUGCAGAGUGAAGCAGUGCCCAUUGGCCCCUUUCCAUUCUCCAUGGAAUGAUGGAUUUGGGGGAGCCUAAUGACCCGAGGGCUCCAGCACUGUGAACACACGGGACUUAGCCCUACUCUCUGGCCCAACACAGGGAGGUGACACUGAAGACACUCCCGCUCCCCCCACAAAGUGCCCCUGAAAAAGUCUGGGCAACGUGUGUCAUAUAACUUCAGCUCAAAGGCAUAGAUCUAGUCAUCCCGAUGCUACCUAGAUGCUGUUUCCUCCUUGAAUAUCUUCAGUUCCUUCUGCCUCAGUCCCUGGCAGACCUUUCUCAAGGGGGGAAACAGUUCAUUCAGGUUCCUAUUUUCACCUUAUAUUGGGAAACAUUAAAGAAAUACUUAUGGGCUUCGAUAUUUUCCCCAGAUCCUCCUCUUUCCUGAAAACCUCAGCAUCUCAGAGACCAGCUGAGUUGCUCUGGAAACCCAGCUGAAGCCACCCUUGGCUCUCUAGUCGGCCUUCACAGCCCUGGGGGAGGGCCAGCCGCUGCUCAGCAAGGGGGUCUUCUCCUUGGGUGAGGAAGGGGAAGCCACCCUCUAGACUGGAGGAGCGUGACCACCCAACACCCUUUCAGGCUGUGACCCUUCUUUCUCUUAGGCUGAAUCAGAUGAGGUGGCUGAUAUCCCCCAGCUAGUCAGAAGGCAGAUGCAACAGGCCAUCCUGAAUAGCGGCCCUUUUCUAGUAUCCACGGGCUACAGAUCAGGAAGUUGGCCACUUUCCACAGAGACAACAGCAAGGCCUUCCUUUGCAUAAAACCAUUCUUUCUAACUCUGGAAGGUGAACCCAGUCCUCAAACUGAGCUAAGUCUUCCUAGGCAACAUAUACCAUGAUUCCUUUAUCCAGAAACUGUUCAGAGUAAAUAGUGGGGGUGGGGGAUGGGGGGUGGGCUUGGGGACUUUGAGCAGAGUCAGAACCCACUGAGGCAGCUUUCUACCAAAAGGAGCUUUAUAACUUAGAACCCUGCAAUUGACUUAAUUUGCCUAAGUUUAUAUACAUACAUACCUAUCCUACAUAUCUACUGUACAUCAGUACUCCCCUGGCCUCACUCACACAUUAAAUUCUAAUACCUCUUGAAGUAUUAAUGUUCUGCCUUGCUCUUUGUUAGUCCCAGCCUCUGGUUGGACAGACAGAUGCCUCCUGGCUGCUCCCCUAGGAUGUCUCUCCAUUUAUGUUUGAGGUGAGCUGUCCUCAAGACCAAAGCAACAGAAGCCUGUGGCCACAGAGGAAUCUAACAGGAAGAGUCACUCUGCUCUCUUCAUUCAUUCCACACCUUGUUCCCUGGAGACGUGGGCCUCGGGUGAAUCUUCCUGGGCUCCUCUAAACAAUGGUUCAGAGGCCAAAAUAGAACAAAUCCAAGCUCUACUCACCCCAUGCAGAAAGGGAGGAACAAAUAGCCAGGCUAAGACACAGAGUACAUCCUCUUGCCCCUUCCAGUUUCUAAGUCUGGCUCAGGGCCUUAAGGAAAGUAGCAGUUGAUACCAAGGUCAGGAGGGUGUGAGACGGUUGGGGUGCUGUCUUAUAACCAAGCAGUAGGCCAGUGGGUAGAACUGCUGGGAAGGUAGAUUUAUCUACUGCUGGGCAGGGAAGGCAGUGGCUUGGGUCCAGAAGCCAAGGAUUGCCUCCUUCUAGAAUCACCAGGGGGCACUAAGCCACAGGUUCAGGGUGUCAGACUUCAUCAUGACAUCUGCCUUAGAGCUCAUGAGGUCUCUGGGCAGGAGCACUGGUGAUGUAUGGUGAGCAGGUGGCAGGUGGGCAUCAAACACAGAGCCUGGACAUCAGUUACUGGGGUCGGGCGCGGGGGAGCUAUAUUUGUAGGAGCCUAGAUUGUAGGUAGGAAUAGUAUAGAGAAAAUUUGCUCUAGGACACAGAGUUCAGGGUCUUUGAGGCAUACGCCUGCCUAAGAGAAAGUGGGCCCUGUCCUAGGGCUGUGGAGACUUACCUGCUCAGCUCAUAAAGAGGGCAGAGGUUAUGAAACAAUCUUACCAGGAAAGUCCUGGAAAAUCCUUUUCCUAACUGCUACUCCACAUGAGAGAUCUUGGGCUGUUGAGGGCCUGUGGCAACUGCAGUAGGCCAUGGUAGAGAAGACGUAGAUCUCGUUAUGUAGGAUUUGUGCUAUAGGUAGACUGAAGCAGCAAGUCAAGAGUUGAAUUCUCAGUAACAGGGUCAAUGACACUUAGUGGUCCUGGGUUUACCUUGAUGCCCAAGGUGAGUAUAUCGCUUGAGAGUCCAGUGAUAGUCACUGCAGCAUGUGUGGAGAGUUUUCCCACAGUGAGGUAAACGGGUCUUUGGGCACUGUGAAUUCAAAUUAAGGUGGGAUUUACGGAGAUGUGUUGCAUGUUGUUAAGCAUCUGUCGUGUAUCUUGUCUCCUAGAGGUAUUGUGUGUGAUGCUGCGUAGUUUUUGGCCCCGUACUGGAAGGGUGGUGAAGGGAGUUGCUGGGUAGGCAACCUAAUGAAAACCCCUGGCUUGUGGGAUUAGCAUCAGCGAUAAGGAAUGUGUUUGCUGGGGUUGUUGUCAAAUAGUAUCGGGGAACAGUUAGGAUUGAUAGGUAAUGUAUUCUCGACAGAAUCUGGUAGAGGCCAAAAAACCAUUAUGAGGGUGCCUCUGCUUCUAGUGAGAGCAGAGUGGAGUCAGGUUGACUGGGAAAUUAUUAAGGAAGGCUGACUGGCUGGAGGACAUCAGGCUGUUUGUUGUAUGGUUCCCUAGAGAGGGUCCUACCCAGGAGGAUAUGCACCCUUCCCUCCAGAAUGGAAAGACCUUCAAAUGUCCAUUUCCUUCCAGGCCCAAAGUUUGGAGAUAUUUCCUUGUAGAGAAACCUGUUUGAGUUUGUUGUACUUUAGGAGCUGGGCUGGCAGGCCAUGGUAAUGCGAAACCCUGAGGCCAAGCAGAGGCAAAUCCUGGGAGAUGGUUUCCUUCCUGAUGAAUUUUAAGGAAUACCCAUGAUGCUUGAGGUGUGUGUUUGGGAUCUGGGCUCCAUAGUCAGCUUUGGGCUAGAGCAUUCCUUGAAGAGGCAUUCUCAAUGGCAGACUCACGACCUCCGAGACCAUUUCAGGCCAAGACUCUCAUCAAAGUUCCCUUGACAUAGGUGACAGAUAACCAAGAAAGUAGCUACAUUAAGAUGAACAGUCCUGGAGGAGAAAGUGGGGGCCCUGCCCUAGGGCUGUGGAGACUCACCUGCUCAGCUGGGCAAUUCUGUCUCUGGGCCUUCCUGCCAAAAUCUGGCCCUGAGAACAAAGGAAUACUUCAGCUCCUUCUUGUUCUUUAAACACCAAUGACUGUGGGAGAGGGAAAGGCUCAAGGCCAGGGCUCAGCUCCCAGUCUCCAUCUCCUCCCACAGCUGCCGCAUUUGGAGGGGCACCUGCUCAAUGUCCUUGCUGUCCCCAGGGAAGUCUUGAGGCCAGACCGAAGCCUGCGAUGCUGCUCGCUGGCUGCAAGGACUGGUCACAAGGAUGGGAUUUGGGGAAGUGGCAAGGGCCGCGCACAAGUCUAGAAAAGUUUGGGAUGAAGGGGCGGGGCUGGAGACAAAUUAGUUAACUUUGCCACUCACUGUGGUGCUUUUCCCCUUUCCCGUAAAUUCUGCUUUGAAAAGAAUAAAUUCGUAUUUGUUUACUUUG